AUGAAAUUCAACAAAUCGUUUCUCGUUUUACUUAUUUUUCUUACUGGCUUUUCCACGAAACCAUUGAAUGAAGUGGCGACAAAUGAAAGAGAUAUAGAAAGCAUACCAAGGGAUUUGAAAAAAUUUUAUAACAGCUUAUCAAUUGAAGAAAAGGAGCAAUUAACUGACAUUGCAAAAAAAAUCUAUAACGGUUCGUUGGAAUUCUCUCUAACUGAUAACAGUUUUAUCGAUAACGUGAAGGAACAAAGCGGUGAUUUGGCUAUAAAAGUACUCGGCAUACGUGACAUGAUAAAUGCCAAACUGGGAAAUUUUCAACCAGAAAGUCGUAAUUUUGUCGAAGAUGUGCUUCGUAAAUUUAUUGGAAUUUUCGCAGAUGGUGGAUUAGUGAAUAUAUUGAUGAACAUGAAAAAUUUUGGAAGUGAAGUGCUUCAAAUGUAUGACACCCUUGCUGAUCCAAUUAAACAAGAUAUUAUGAAAGGAUUUCCAACGAUUGGAAGUAUCGCAACGAGUAAUAUUGUUCGCUUAAUUCUUAACAAAUUGGCGAGUUACGAUCCAAGUGCUCCUAAUCUUGUAUUAUCUACGGAAAAGCCGAAACCAAUAAUCGAUGAAGCAACUAAGUCGCCUUUUCAUAUCGCUGGUGUAAAAACAUCAUCAAUUUAUCCAACAAUUCCCUCUUCUGUUGGUCCUGGUGACGAUAUUGAAGAACCAAUCAGCAAGCAAGUGAAAGUUUUCUAUAAGAAUGAUACAUGA